AUGAAGUUCUCUUCGCACCUCCUGCUCGCAGCUUCCUCGGUGUCUGCGAGAUGGAUCGUUCCUGGUGCAAGAUGGCGGGACACGGCUGGUGAUCUUGUCAAUGCGCAUGCGGGCGGUAUCACCGUUGAUCAAGAGACGGGCAAGUUCUUCUUGUUUGGCGAGUACAAGAUUGAGGGGCAGGUUGAGGGCGGUGGCAUCAGCGUGUAUAGCUCGGAUGACCUCGUGACGUGGGAACCCCAUGGCCUGGCGCUCGAGCCCAUCGAGGGACACCCUUAUAUCUCGACAGAGGAUAUUAUCCAAAGACCAAAGGUUGUGUACAGUGAGGGGACUGGGAAGUAUCAUAUGUGGUGGCAUGCAGACAAUUCCACAUAUGGAGAGCUCCUUCAAGGUCUCGCUACGGCGGACAAUAUCACUGGACCAUAUACUUUCAUCGAUGCUACUGCACCCCUAGGCAAUUGGAGUCAAGACUUUGGACUUUUUGUCGACCAAAAGGAUGGACGUGCAUACUCGCUGUACUCGAAUGGCGAUCGCAGAGAAGGCCGUGAUGUAUAUCUGACCUCCUUUAACGAGAACAUCACCGCACUUGAAGAGGUUGUUCACCGUUUUGACAAGUACGAUCUUGAAGCACCUACGAUUAUUCAAACCGACAAGAGCUACUUUGCGCUCAUGUCGCAUAAGACGGGAUACCGUCCAAACAACGUGGUUGCUUUCCGAGCCGAUAAGCUCAGCGGUCCUUGGUCUCAACCCUUCAUCGUUGCCCCAUUGAACACGCGCACCUAUAACUCGCAAUCCGGCUUUUCUCUUCGUAUCAACGGUACCAAAAAGACCACGUACCUAUACCUCGGUGACCAAUGGGAUUCCAUCUCUCUAUGGGAAUCCCGCUACAUCUGGCUCCCCAUGGAGAUUGACGAUGAAAAGAAGUCUCUUGAAGUCAAAUGGCACGACGUCUACGAUCUCGAUGUCAAGACUGGAGAGGUCACGCCCAUCAACGGCACAACUUACUAUGGCAAAGACGCCACCACCACCGGUGACGCUUUCAAGCAAGAGGCGAAUUUCGGCAGCGACGGUGUCAUCCUGACCGGCAUCUACGGCAACGACAGCAAAGUCACUUUCCACAACAUCGAAGGCGAGGGCAAGCCGCAAUGGGUAUCUUUCUACUACCAGAACACAGAUGACAUGGGUUUCGGUGAUCAGCCUGGUGGCACACCCGAUCGUAUCAAUGGUACAUGGCAGCUGCGUCGCAUCGCGAGCGUCAUCGUGAACAAUAAGACAGAAGAGCUUUCGACACUUUACCAGAGGGACACCCACAAAGGUAUUAUUUUGAGUACGCCGCUCAUGCUGAAUCUUGAAAAGGGGAAUAAUACAAUCACAAUUGGAGGAUUGAAUAACGGAAAGGAUGUCAAGGGCGCGGAUAUUGACCGUUUAGUCGUGUAUCCUCCCGAGAAAUAG